AGCCGCUAAAGUCUGCCACAUCGGAUGGUAGGCCCCAACCUAACCUAACCUACUUAUCCUUCCCCCGAUCGAUCUCGUCUUCGAUAGAUCUAUCAAGUUUUUACAGCGUCAGCCACUAGAAAAAAUUAAUUCGCAAUUUGUUGGAUCGUACUAUUACUAGUAGGGACUGACUCUGCUGACAUCUUCGCUGCUCUUCGGUCUCCUGGUGGUCAACUCGUCAUGGAGCGUCAGCCACACACCUAAACAUCCCCCUCGAGGAAGAAACUAGUGAUAUGAUUUUUCGUUUUCGACAGGAAGAAAACUUCUCCUCGUCUUCUGCUUCUUGUUCCAAAUAAAUACUUUGAUUCUAUUAUACUUCAUCUACGGCCUACCCAUCAUGAAAAUCUGGUUCUCCAUUAGAUGAAGAAGAAGUGCUAGUGAACGUGCAGAGUGACGUCCUCAAUAGUGACGUCCUCAAUAGUGAGGUCCUCAAUCGUGACGUCCUCCUCAAUGUCGGCUCAGGAUGAGCUAGCGAAGAGGCGGGAUGUAUUUCUGUUUCAGCCUGAGGAUGUGAACACUCUGCCCCCGUUCAGCGCAAAGUCGGAGAGCUUCACGAAUGAGCUCUUACUGUUAAGGCUCAGACGAGGAGGACCAAAAUAAUUCAUCUUGGUUCUGAAGUAAGAAGCAAAUAAGGCAUCUUUGUUGACGUGGACUACCAGCGCUUUCAAAUGGUAGAAGGGAAAAAUGGUCAAAGGUGUUGCACCAGCCAAGAUACUAGUAGAUUUCAAUAAAAAAAUUUUUUGUAAGGUGGUGUCUAAUAAUGGGAUUACGGGAUCACAAUAAGCCCCAAGGCAGCACCGACUUCGGACACCAUGGGAGCACCAGCAACGUGGGCAGUCCGACGAACGGCAGCCCUGGUCCCGAGGGUGGCGGACACAACCAGAGUGUCAUGAUUAUGAUUUUUUGUGUCUUUACUGUACGAGGAUCCAUUAGGGAUACUCUAGACAUCAACAUCUGCAUCUUUCUGCAAGUAUUUCGAAGAAAAAGGGGUGACCAGAACCAGAUCGAUGACUUGUUUGUCAGGGAAGAUGCAUUUCCUUGCUUUCUUAUAAAAAAUCAUAUAUAUGCAGUCCCUCUGGUCUGUCUUUUUUCUAGUUAGGUCGGCUCCACCACAAAAAAUAUAUAUGCAGUUCGUCUUCGUCUUCCUUGAUUUUUCUUUUCCACCAGCUCCUCUGCUUCGCCAUCUGCGUAUAUGAAGAAUAAUCUCGGUGGUGGCGCGGUUGUUGUAGGUGGUACUUUCCUAUAUGUCUCUAACAUGACCCACGCGUCUGAGGCUUCAUGCAUGCUCGCAGCCAGAAACAAGAAGCUCCCUUGGAGUUCCUUGAUGCACCAGAAUGCGCUUUUUCAUCGUGUCUUCGCCAAUCUGUUCUAUCUGACGCUAUGUGUGCUCUUCCGCAGCGUCCAAGGGCAGGAGCAGGAACAGUCGCUGGCGCGAAGAUGUCGUAGUUGCUUGGUCACAAAUUGGCAGGAUUACCUGCUUCAGGUCAGAGGAAAGAUACUACAGUUAAGAUGAAAGAGCUGCAUCAUUGCCCUCUCUAAAAAAGCAUGCAGAACAAGGAGGAAGAAGAUGAUACUCAGAACUACAUGACUAAGUAGGAAAUACUACUACUAGUACUUAGACUUACAAGGAGGAAGAUGAUACUCAGAACUACAUGUUGACUAAGUAGGAAAUACUAGUACUUACUUGGACUUGGAGCUACGUACAUGACAAGUAGUUACAAGAACGCGCCACCUUUAUGUUAGUACUCCGCUUUUACAAGGACUACAAGUAGCAUUGCUGUUUAGAAACAUUAUUUCUUUUUAGAAGCAUCUAAUGCAAAAAAAAAUUAGAAUCUCUAACAAAGCGUCCGGUGUUGGAGCUGUUGCCCGCUUUGCUCACACAGCUGAUUUAUCGAGCAUUGUUGGACUCCUUCGAGCUCGGCCCCCUCGGUUUCAUCGACGCAGCGCAACAAGUAGUCAGAAGGAUAGGUACAACCUCACAUCAUAUUACAAGGUUCUUUUGCUCCUACAUAAUUUGACGAGUCGAAUCGACGUGGGCUAUACAUUAGUACGAUUACAAUACAUCUACUUGUUCCAUUAUGACAUCUACAAUCAUGCUCAACAACAUACUCAACAACGUACUCAACAACAUACUCAACAUCUUCACCUGCAACAACUUCUAGGGAUUAUUGUUCAUUUCGAGCUAACGGGCUUCACGCCACAGCCAACUACGAUACACCGCGUUCGUGAGCAGAUUUUCGUGACCGAUCUAGUGAAGCAUCCCUAUGCAGAUGUCACGAUGGGCGAAGCGUUUCUCCAAGAGACGGAUAAGACGGAACUCAAAUUUGGGACUCAGGUAAUCUUCCACGACGAUCUUGAUUGUUCAUGAUCAUAGUCUUUCACGACAGCCUUCAAAAAUCCAUGAUUAAAUCUACUGAAGCAGCCCUUCAAAAAAAAUUAGCGAUCAAUGCACAACAGGAGCCUUGUAUUUGUACUUGAAAAAUAUUUUCAAUCCUUCUUGUUCUCCUUUCACCAGGAAACGCGGCCACAAGAGGGAGGAGUACUGUCAGAUCUUUUGCGGACAAGACAGAAGAAGAAAGAGGAGAAGUAUAGUAACAUAUUGGAUCCGCAACUAAGAACCGAAGCUGCGAAUCGCGAUAAGAAUGAAGUCGAUGCAGUGGUCUACUUUGCUUUUGUAUUUGUUUGAAGUCGAUGCAGUGGUAUGAUUAUGUCUACUUUGCUUUUGUAUUUGUUACUCUUGGUCUUGUUCUCUUGUCCGACGUUCUUGAUCAUGUAGGUAAAAAAAAAAAAGUUAGUAAGAACAUUUAUGAGGCCUUACGCAGGUUCCUCUCUACAGGAUGCUUGCGUGCGUCGUGGAUGCCGUACGUGUAGAAAAUAACAUGAACAAGAACCUCCAUUUUCCAUCUUGUCGCCUUCUCUUGAGUUUUUCUUUCCAAGCAAACAAAGAACCUCUUCGAACAGGUGGAGAAUUUGUCCCAGUCCUUGUCGCAUGUGGUGGCCGUUGAGAAUGCGAUAAAGGGAAGCUAUAUGAUGUACUCGCAGCAAAAGAAAGCUCAGAAGAAGGAAGCGAUGGUUAAGGCGCCUACAAAAAUCUAAACAAAUUCUGGUUAAGGCUACAAUAAAUUAGUAACUAACUAAUGAAAGCGCCUACAAUCUAAACAAAUUGUUCAUCAUCCUUCUUAUUGGAGGUCCCCUUAUUUUCACAGACAACAUUUUCCAGGUCCCGUUUUCAAAGGGAAAAGGGGGCCCAAGAUGCUGCUCCGGAUGGAUAACCUCUCUUACAGUUCUAAUAUGGAUAACAAGUCAAAAAAGGGACUUCUAGAAGACCCAAGCAAGAAGGACGCGAAUAAUCGGCAGUCACCGGCAUCUAGCUUGAAGGGCGGCUCCAUAAAGGUACUAGUAGAAACAGGAAAAAUUGCGUAGCAGUAGUUUUUCUCUUGUUUAUUCCUAAACUGCUCACACCGACACACCAGGAGUCUGGCAGCCCUGGAGGCAACUCUUCGGGAGGCGAAAAAGGAAAAAUAGGUGGUGGGAGCGGCAUUGCUAGGCUGAAGAAGGCAGCAGCGUCAAAGAUGACGAACAUCGCGACCACGAAAAUUUUCUCAACUCAGUUGGACAAGAAUAAAUACGAUAAAGCGGUAGCGAAACUUACUAUUCAACUACUUAUGAAGAUAUUUAUACAGUAAUCGUUUUAUUGCUAAAAGAGAGUCGAUGUUGUCCUCUAACUACCAUUACCUGGUCGAACCAUUACCACCUAGACCCAAUGUAGCCAUCGCCUGGUCUAAUCAUUACCUGCGGUAUAAACAUCACGAUCAUCAACUGAUCGAAUGAUCAUUAUCUUGUUUAGCAACAGAAGUUUCAUCUGACUUUAAUAUAAUCCUGAGGCUCUUCUACUUCUCACCGUCGUCCCCUUCAGGUGCGCACUUGCAUCUACCGGCAACGGACGCUUCCUUCACGGUACUCGCGUGGUGAAAAUUCGCAGUUUAAUACGUCAUGGCUCAGUCCCAUGGUAAGCCACACGGCAUUGCAGUGUGCGCUGGAGAGGGAUGCGCCCAUAGCCUUUUCCGAGAGAGGGAUAGUCGGAAAAACAAUUAAGCAGAAGGGUUUAAAAUUUUGUUCUUUUUUUUUCAACUUUUUUGUUCUCGAAUUGUGUAGACUACUAGAAUCUAACUAAAAAUCACCGUCUAGUCCUUUCAUCUUUAUUAUCGAGUUGUGUUUGUCGUGGUUCGUUCCCGUCGUGGCAGGAUCACUCAGGAGUAUGAUGCUUGAUACGACACUUAGUAUCUCCAAUACUAGCUUGGGGCGUCCGAUAACAUCCCUCCCACUAGGAUCCCCCUCCUCCCCAAAAUAAGAAACUAAGCAAGGCAAAGACGUAAGCGAUAUGCGUUUUCAAAUUUCGAAAAUUUUCCACGUUUUGCCAUCGUUUGGGGAUUGGGUCUCGUGAGUUUGAAGUCAAGGGCUAAGAUCCCAAAACUUUUUGACUUUCAGCCCUUUCGCUGAAAUUUAAUGCCCUGGCUUCGCGUUUUUCAAAUUUCGAAGAUUCUCCACGUUUUGCUGUCGUUUUGGGAUUGAAUUUCGUGCGUUUGAAGCGCUAAAGCCCCUAAAUUUUUGACUUUCAGCCCCUUCCCUGAGAUUCAGUCUCUUGGCUUCGCGUUCUUCAAAUUUCGAAAAUUUUCCACGUUUUGCCGUCGUUUUGGGAUUGAAUUCUGUGCGUUUGAAGUGCUACGAUCCCAAAACUUUUGAUUUUAAGCCCUUUCUCUGGAAUUUAAUUCCUUGGAUUCGCGUCCUCAAAUUUCGAAAAUUUUCCACGUUUUUCGUCGUUUCGGGAGUGAAUCCCGUGAGUUUGAAGCGCUAAGAUCCCAAAAUUUUUGAUUUUAAGCCCUUUCCCCCGAAGUUCAAUGCUUUGGCUUCGCGUUUUUCAAAUUUCGAAAAUUUUCCGCAUUUUGUCGCCGUUUUGGGAUUGAGUCGCGUGAGUUUGAAGCAUUAAGAUCCCAAAACUUUUGACUUUAAGCCCUUUCUCUGAAAUUUAAUGCCUUGGCUUCGCGUUUUUCAAAUUUCGAAAAUUUUCCACAUUUUUUCGCCGUUUUGAGGUUGAGUCUCGUGGGUUUGAAGCGUGGAGAUCCUAAAGUAUUUGACUUUAAGCCCUUUCCCUGAGAUUCAAUCUCUUGGCUCCGCGUUUUUCAAAUUUCGAAAGUUUUCCACCUUUUUCGUCAUUUUGAGAGUGAACCGCUUGACUUUGAAAGGCUAAGAUCCCAAAAUGUUUGAUUUUAAGCCCUUUCCCUGGAAUUUAAUUCCUUGGGUUAACGUUUUCAAAUUUCGAAAAUUUUCCACGUUUUGUCGUCGUUUUGGGGUUGAGUCUCGUGAGUUUGAAGCGCUAAGAUCCUAAAAUUUUUGAUUUUAAGCCCUUUCCCCCGAAAUUCAAUUCCAUUGCUUCGCGGUUUCCUGGUUUCGUGGUUUCCUGGUUUCCUGGUUUCUUGGUUUCCUGGUUUCCUGGUUUCUUGGUUUCCUGGUUUCCUGGUUUCCUGGUUUCCUGGGUGGUUUCCUGGUUUCCUGGUUUCGUGGUUUCGUGGUUUCAUGGUUUCACGGUUUCACGGUUUCACGGUUUCACGGUUUCACGGUUUCACGGUUUCACGGUUUCACGGUUUCACGGUUUCACGGUUUCACGGUUUCACGGUUUCAUGGUUUCAUGGUUUCAUGGUUUCAUGGUUUCAUGGUUUCAUGGUUUCAUGGUUUCAUGGUUUCAUGGGUUCAUGGGUUCAUGGGUUCAUGGGUUCAUGGGUUCAUGGGUUCAUGGGUUCAUGGGUUCAUGGGUUCAUGGGUUCAUGGGUUCAUGGGUUCAUGGGUUCAUGGGUUCAUGGGUUCAUGGGUUCAUGGGUUCAUGGGUUCAUGGGUUCAUGGGUUCAUGGGUUCAUGGGUUCAUGGGUUCAUGGGUUCAUGGGUUCAUGGGUUCAUGGGUUCAUGGGUUCAUGGGUUCAUGGGUUCAUGGGUUCAUGGGUUUGGGGUUUGUUUGUUUUUGUGUCGGAGGUUUUGGGUUCGGGUGUUGGAGGUUUUGGGUUUGGGUGUUGGAGGUUGAGGCUUCCGAAGGGAUGUGUUUGCAAAGUUUUAUUGCUCUUAAUAUUAGAUACAACAGAAGCUGAGCCGGAGGAUGCCAGGAGCUUGUUUGUGAAGAAAAGGGCCAGCGGAAGGCAGAGUCAUUCAUUAAAGAAUUUAUCAGCACAUUAAAAACUUAAAAAACCUGGUUGAUAUAAUUUGGCUCUGGUGUGCUGGCAAGAAUCCGUAUUCUAAGUUCACUCGAGACAGUUUUCAGCUUCGUUUUCGUGUGGCGCCGAAGCUCCUUCCGCCGGCGGGUCCUCACGUCGCCGCACCAGACGACGAUGACGACCAAGGCGCUGCGGGACAAAAAUAUCCAAGUAGGAGUCCGUCACCAGUGGGACAUGAGGUACUUAUUUGUUUUAAUAUUCACGAUUUUUACAUCUAACUUGGAAGAAGAAGUACAAGUAGAGAACAAAGUACUCCAACCACUACUCUAAUCUACUCACCAGGAAAAAGGACAUAGGACUGUUUAAGGAGGUUUCCCCUUAAGGAGGUUUCCCCUUUCUCCCCUUAACUUGUGUAGUUCUGUUAUCAAUCCAAGAACUUCUCCCUUGUAGUUAAGUUGAACUUGUGUAGUUCUGUUAUCAAUCCAAGAACUCUCUUUUGUCCAUGAUCAUGAUGUCCUAUCAAGCAGGUAUUUUUUUGAUGCUUGUGAUUGUGUAUUAAUAUAAUGUCCACCUACCUGCCUCUCACCAGGCGCGUUCCGCAUUUACGGAUUUUUUUCGGAAAAAGGAUGUGGGAAAGCGUGAAGAGAUUUUGGAGAAGAGAAAACCUCCAGUGAAAUUGACGGUCGCGAUCGAACCUCCUGUCGGCGUUUCGAAAGCCGUAUCGAGCGAACGGUUGAAGGUACAACAACUGUUGUACUCCAGUGCUGUUGAUGAAGCAAGUACAACCACCCUCUCAGAGCGAGAAGCAUUGUUAAGUACAAUUGGAACAACAUCAAGAACAACUAGUAAAUUUAUCACUGAGACUAACAACUCUACCUAGUAAGUUGCACUAGUUGUACAGAUUAUCCUUUUACAUUUAACUCUAUUCUCCUGUAUUAUCUUCCUCAGGCAAUGCAUUAUCUUCCUGCCCCUCAAAGUCAAAAAUAACAAAGAUUCAAAUACUGAUUUAUAAAAUCUUUCAACAACAACCCCCAGAUCGCAAGGACGAAGAGUGAGCUGAACAGCUGGGCGCACUAUAUCCGCACUUACGACACUUCAACUGGCGUACCGAAGGGAGCAUCGGAUCAGGCUGAGCUAUUUCGCGCGGAAAAACAGUACGUUUCGGAGAUGGAGAAAUUGACCUCCCGAAUCGUUCGCUGGCAAGAGUAUGAUCUGCCAGCUGAUAAGAAAUAGUGGCUUGCACGACCUUGCCUCGUCUCGUAUUCGUUUUCUGUAUUUUACUUUUGAGGUUAGUGAAAAUAUCAACGAAUUACCUCAAAACAAGCAGUAGUAUCUGUCAGAAAAUAGCUCAAGUUUCCAAUUCCAUUCGCUCGUAAGCAAUACUAUACUCGUCAAGCAUCUCCUGGAAAUCCAGUGUAGUAGUUUCCUGGAUUCUCAGGAGGACGCAGAUGCAUCAUGAUAUUUUUUUCCUCGAGGUAACUAAAAAUCUUGCCGUGGGUAACAUGAAACCGUGCGGCAUUCUGAAAUUAAAAUUGCGACAUCGUAAUCAUCCAAGGUUACGAUGUCGUUUGGAUUUCGAAAUUAAGCGUAAGCCGAUCAAGCGAGCCUAAGUGAAAUGAACCCGCUAUAGCUGAUCAUGGACCUAUUCCUAUACGAAUACAUGCAUCAUGUGUAACAUGACGAGCACCAUGAUCAUGAACGUGACCAAUGUAUAGGCAAAUGCACAGUAGUAGACGACCAUGUUAAUAUUCCCAUUCCAUAUGUUGGCAUAUGAGGAACUCCAUACUGACUAGAGCGACGGCUACUCCGGGAGCAUAGCACGAUCGCUAACGAUCAAUAGAAAGUCCUUGUUGUUCUUGGACACAUCCUCCCCUGUCAUAAAAAUGUUGACCCAUUCCAAAGCCAAAACUCCCCCUGACCCAGGAAGGACAUAGCCCCAACAAGAAAACAUGUUAGGCAACCAAAACAAGAAUUCAAGAAGUCUAGGUUCCACAU